UAACAGCGCAGGGCUUGUUUCCUCUGGUGUAUAUCCAAACUGGUCACCCUUCAGGAUGAAACAAUUAGUUUUCCUUUUAACAGAAAAGCCUGCAGGUCAUCAAGAAGAUGAGGAGUUUCAUGUCCUUGGGCCUUUGCCUUCUUGGCAUCCUGAUCUGCAAUGGUUUCUUAGGAGUGGAGGCUGAUACCUGUGCCCGGGAAUGGCUGCAAAACCAGGGCAACUGCUAUGCGUAUUUCGACGAUCUGAAAACCUGGCAAGAGGCUGAAAUUGAGUGCCAGAGUUAUGGCCUUGGGACACAUCUCGCCUCCAUUCUCACUGUGCAAGAGAGUAAUUUGGUGUCUGAACACAUCUCCACUUACCAGAAAGACCUGAGCAAUGUCUGGAUUGGACUGAGUGAUGUCCGUCAGACUGGGAGAUGGAGAUGGGCUGAUGAAUCAAUCUACAACUAUAAGGCUUGGAUGCCACGCCAGCCAGACAACUAUAGGAAGGCUGAGUAUUGUGUGGAGCUGAGACGUUCUACAGGUUUUCAUCGGUGGAACGAUGCUCCAUGCAAGAAAAGAAAUGCCUACAUCUGCAAGCAUGAGCUCUAGAUUAACCCAAGCUGUGCCUGCUGGGACGUGACUGGUCCUGACAGCGAAAAAUU